GGGGGUGGAAGGUGAAUGAUGGAAAUGGAUGGGAGGAGACAUCAUUGCCCUCAAUAAAAGGGAACCUGUAGAAGCCAGAGACAUCUCCGGCACAACAUCCAGGCUCAGAGACAAGAUCACCACAGAGAUGGACAGAAAAGUUUGUGUUACUGUUCUGUUAGCCAUAUUGGCCACUGCUGCCCUCUGUAAGCCAUUGACAGAACUGCAAUCAGCACAGUAUGGACUACAGAAGAAGAGCGCUUUUCCCUCUGAAGUCAGCCGGCGGGACCUCCUGGCGUCCUUGUCCCAUGAACAGAGGCAACUGAUGAUGUCACAGCUUCUCCCUCAGCUUCUUGCAGAAAUCUCAAACGCUGAAGGCCACCUUCACCCCAUGCACGACCGGGACUAUGCUGGCUGGAUGGACUUUGGCCGCAGAAGUUCAGAAGAUCAGGUCCCAGAUUCUUAAGACCAUAUUGUUGGGGGGGGGGGGGGGGGA